AUGUAUAGUCCCCCGCCUCGGACAGCUGCUAGCGAAGUCGGCGACGACGUUGACAGUGAUGCCGACAGCGGCGUUCGCAUCGACUUGUGCGAUACAAUUCUAGCAAAGCGGUUGACGUUGCCCCGCUGCAUUCGAAAAAAAAAACCACUUAACAAAACGAAAACUAAACACAAAUCCACAAAAUCAUCACAGAAACUAUUCACAAAGCUGCCGCUUUUCAUUCACAAAGAUUUUCAAAAAUCUAAACAAGUUACGUCGUGUUGCGCAUACGCCGUGUAUGGCGUUUUCUUAUUGUUUGCCAGCCACAUAACGGAUACACAAGCAACAGUUAAUAAUGAAACAAGCUUUUUGGUAUCAACGCUGAGAUAUUUGGAUGAACAACUGCUCUAUGAUAUACUGCCACGUGCCACAUGUCCGGGCGAGGUACCCGAUGCACCGUUAGACGAAUUCCCUGAGAUAUUUACAGUGGAACAGUUGCGUCAAGGUUGGGUAGUUCUACACGUAUUCGCCGCAAUCUAUUUAUUCAUAUUGCUGGCCAUCAUAUGCAAUGACUACUUUCUGCCCACCGUCGAGUGCAUUUGCGAGGAUCUGCAUCUGUCCAAGGAUGUGGCGGCAGCCACAUUUAUGGCGACAGCAACCUCCAUGCCCGAGUUCUUUACGAAUACGAUAAGUACACUCAUUCUCGAGUCGGACAUGGGACUGGGCACCAUUAUUGGAUCGCUGAUGUUCAACACACUCGGCGUUUGCGGCCUUGCGGCACUCUGCAUUAAUAAGCCAGUGCAGCUGGAUUGGUGGCCAAUAGCACGUGACUGUUUCAUCUAUACGUUUAAUACGAUCGUUUUGCUGGUGCUCGCCUGGGGUGGCAGCAUUAGCUUUGUGGAGUCCUGCAUAAUGAUGGGCUUCCUCGUCCUCUACUAUCUGAUUACGUUCAACAACAACAAGUUUAUGCCAGCCAUACGUGUCUUUAUCGAAGACAGAAUGAACUGUUGCUUCUCCACGCGUUACGAUCUGACGGAACCACCGGAGAACAGUGCCAAGGCUCAGCUGCCGCUGAAAAAGGAUCCACUCUCUGGUGAUGGUCUGUUUGUCGUCAAUUUUCCAGAGAACACCUCAUCCAUGUCAUCCACGGCCAAUUUAACGUAUUCCAAGAAUUGGAAUGGCGAAGAUGAGGAUGAGCGACCGACCAGCAUCUUUGCGUAUCCGCACAGUGCAUCGCGUUUCAUGAAAGGCUGGUGGAUCUUCACAUUACCCAUCAAAUUGCUGCUGCGCGUCCUCAUUCCACAUCCGAUGAGGCAUCGUCGUUUGUAUCCCUUGUCCUUCAUCAUGUGCAUCAUUUGCAUUGGUGUCAAUGCGUAUCUGAUUGUCUGGAUGCUAACGGCUUUCGGUGUGGCUAUUCGAGUGCCCACCAUUGUGAUGGGUCUCACUUUCCUCGCCGCCGGCUCCACAAUGCCCGAGGCGGUAUCUAGUCUUAUAUCACUGCGCAAUGGCGAAAGUGGUAUUGGCGUCUCAAAUUCACUUGGCGCCAAUUCGUUGGCCAUUUUGUUGUCGCUGGGCGUACCGUGGUUUGUGAAGAACUGCAUCAACUAUGGCACUGGGGAGAAGCAAUAUGUUGGCACCCAGGGCAUCGAGUAUAACAUAUUGAUCCUGAUAUUCUGCACAAUUGCCCUGUUUGUGAUACUCAGCUGCAGCGGUAAUCGCCUAACAAAGCGUGUUGGCGCUGCACUAUUUACCGUUUAUACGGUAUUCAUUGUCCUACAGAUCUUGAUCGAGAUGAAUGUGUUCUUUCCAAUGGACUGCGGGUCACAAUAACACAUACGAGUUCCCGUUGCAGUUGCACUUCCAGUUUGUAAUUCUUUAAUCGUUAGUCGCUAAUCGUUAAUCGUUAGUCGAUUAUCGAGUUCAAGUUGUAUACCGUUCAGCUUCUGGCUGGCACCAGAUCGCUGUGUGGUAUUGAUUCGGUUAUGUUCUCUGUUCUAUCUUUUUUGUGUAUACAACAUCUUGAAGUUGGAUUCAUAGUGUAUAUCGAUCAAGGUUUAGCUCAACCUUUUUGUUGAUGAGAUGUCAUAGGUCAUUAAUAUUUAAAGUUGUUUAGUAGAGCUGUCAAAAAACAAAAAAAACGAUUUAUCCUUUUUUUUUCAACAAAUUGUUUAACCAAGUAGUAUUAUAAGGUCUGGUUUUUGGUUUUUUUUUUUUGUUAUGUUUUACUAGCUUAGGUACUCCGUAAGACUGUCUACUGUUUAGGUAUAAAUAAUCAAUUGUUACAAACCAUAUCCUGUUUUACACUAUUUAUAUGUAAAAAAAAAGAAGCAAGAACAACAAACCUAUGCUAAAUGCUUUGCUUACGUCACAAAUUUUCAACUGGUACCAAAGCGCAACAAUCUAGAUGAAGACCUUAAAGCUAAGAACUUAAAUCGAGUUACCACAUAGAAACCAAAUAUGUAUGUAAAUUAUAUUUACCACCUAUUUGUAUAACUAAUUAAGUGCCCUGCGAUAUUUAUAGCCUUUGGCUAGACUUCCUUAAUAAUGUACAAUAAAUAUUGAUUGAAUGUAUCCGUGCAUUACAACUAUUGAUAUUCCAUAAUAAUGUGUAAACUCUAUUGUUACCGAUUGCAUUGUGCAUUGAAACCGUUUUGUUAUUAAUUUAUAAAUACAUAUAACGACAAAUAUUGACAAUUGUGAUUUUUAACCAUUUUGAUCUGAUAGCAAGAAAUAAAUAAAUACAAUCUAUUAAAAAAAA